AUGGAAGACGACGACCUCGUCGAAAUGGCAAAUGGCGAUCUAGAGUUCCUCCAGCUACUACGAGAGGCCAUGCCACGGGAGGCUUCUAUGAGCAUCCAAGCCACCCAAUGGACCAUCGAUCCCCAAGAUUCAUGCCCUCUCUUCGCACGCUUUCCCUUCGAGAUUCGGCAGGAAAUCUUCUCGUAUGCUCUGUCAGAGCAUGACAGCCACUUUGACAUCCAUGGCCAACCCCGAGUGGGUUUCCCGAUUCCUGAGCCGAAAUGGCUGGUGUGCGACUUGCCUGAGAACACCUCCAAGCCCAUGCCCGAGCAUAGCAGCCUGGAAAACAUUGAUCUCGACUACUAUUCGCCGCGGGAGAAACCCAUUAGGGAGCUUUUUCGCGAGUGCCCAUUCUGGCUCCGUCCCGGCACAUCGGCUACAAGGUUUCAGCAUACCUCGAUUUUGCGCACAUGCCGACGCAUAUUUCUGGAAGCACGAGAUCUCCUCAUGAAGAACGCUACGCUUCGCAUCUUCUAUGACGCCGAUCUUACCAAUUUAAGGAUCGAUGCAAGACCGAGCGUGCACAGCAGGCAGCGGAUGACGCGAUAUACCGCUAACCGAUUGACAUCGCUGGAGGUCUACUACAACCAAGAUCUACUGGAAACUGAUUUCCUCGAGAGAUUCGACACAAACAAAAACCUACUUUGUGUAGAAGACCUUCGCAUCACUCUCCGCAAGAACGACUGGCGUGAUGGGUCAGAAACUUUUGGACUCCAGCUCACCCCCUAUGGCGACGGCCGCGACGACGAAGAUGAUGACUGGCAAUUAAUGCAAGAUCACAUGGCGCUCGAAGAAGAGCACCGCCAGGGCCGAGCUCCUAUCCCGCCCAUUCCAUACACAAGACGGGAGAGCAAUAACGGAGAGUUAACCUGGGGCGAGUCGCUCAGCAUGAUACCCAACCUGAAGCGGUUCACCAUGGACUUUGAGUACAGUGAGGAUCAGUUUGAAAGACUCAAAGAGCUAGCCGAGUGGGCUCAGCGUGUCUGGAUGUUCCGACUGGGCGGCAAGAUGAAGGGUUACUAUCUCAGCGCAAAGGAUAACCCUGUCAAGGUGUACAGCUGGCGCGGGUUGACGCCACACAUGGGAGCGACCAUCAUCUGUUUCGAUGAAGACUGCCCACAGAAAUCCCUGGAUUCUGACCCUGACGACUCUGGUGACUCUGACGAAGACAGUUCAGAGAUGUGCUGUAUCGAAACCUACAAGCGCAUGGGAUACGGCUUUGGACCGAGGAUGUACACCUUCACCGUGACGUGGACAGCGAGGAAGCUGAAGCCUGAAGACGGCGACGACCCUACGAUCCUCGGGACCGAUGAACUUCAGGCACAGUGGCUAGAGGUGUACCGUGAUAGCCUGGCGCCGUGA